AUGGGCUGGUUUUCUGUGCCUGUGGUCCUAACUUGGCUGCUUCUCCAGGUGGUCUGGAGUCAGCCUGCUCCAGAGACAACUGAAAUAGAUGUAGAUGGAGGACUUGAUCAAGACAUCUUUGACAUCAAUGAAGCUUUAGGACUAGACCUUUUUGAAGGAGACAUCAAACUUGAUGGGGAACGAAACUCCAUCAUUGGUGACAACUAUCGGUGGCCCCACGUUAUCCCUUACGUCCUUGAUGACAGCCUGGAAAUGAAUGCUAAGGGACUCAUCCUCAAGGCAUUUGAACAGUAUCGACUGAAAACCUGUAUUGACUUCAAACCUUGGGAAGGGGAGAAGAAUUACAUAUUUGUGUUCAAAGGAACAGGCUGCUGGUCCUCAGUGGGAAACCAGCAAAAGGGGUUGCAGCAGCUCUCCAUCGGAGACAACUGUGACAGGAUUGGGACGAUCCAGCACGAGUUCCUGCAUGCCCUGGGAUUCUGGCAUGAGCAGUCACGGUCUGACCGGGAUGACUACGUGUCCAUCAUCUGGGACAGGGUUCAGUCUGGUAAAGAGCAUAAUUUCAAAAAAUAUGAUGAUAAAACAUCAGACUCCCUGAAUGCUCCCUAUGACUAUACUUCCGUGAUGCACUAUAGCCAAAAUGCUUUUAGGAAUGGAACUGAACCCACCAUCAUCACUAACAUACCAGACUUCAUGGAUGUUAUAGGACAGCGAAUGGAUUUCAGUGAUUAUGAUAUCCAGAAACUGAACCGGCUGUACAAUUGCUCCUCCUCCAUAAGUUUCAUGGACACAUGCAGUUUUGAACUUGAAAAUAUAUGUGGCAUGAUUCAAAGUUCAGAUGACAACAGUGAUUGGCAGCGUUUGUCUCAGGUUCCUGCUGGGCCAAAUACUGAUCACACUAAUAUGGGAGAAUGUGAAGAUUCUGGCUACUUCAUGCAUUUCAACACCAGUGCUGGAGCAGAGGGAAGCACAGCUAUCCUGGAGAGCCGAAUUCUGUAUCCCAAAAGGGGCUUUCAGUGCUUACAAUUCUAUUUCUAUAACAGCGGUCAUGAAAGCAACCGGCUGUAUGUCUGGGUCAGGGAGUAUACUUCAGCCCAUCCGAAUGGUACUUUGAGACUCAUUGAAGAGAUAAAAGGUUCACCUGUGAGUUCUUGGCAGCUCCAUCAUGUCUCUUUGAAUAUCACAUGUAAAUUCCGGGUUGUGUUUCAAGGUGUGAGAGGAAGUGGCUUAUCAGACGGAGGCCUCUCUGUUGAUGACAUCAACUUAUCAGAAACUCAGUGUCCCCACCAUGUCUGGCAUAUCAGAAAUUUCACACAUCUCCUCAACACAAGUCCAGCAGGGACAGCAGGAAAAAUAUACAGCCCACCUUUUUACUCUAGUAAAGGAUAUGCUUUUCAGGUCAGCUUGUAUAUAAACGGUACCACCGAUAACCCAUUUAAUUUAGCAAUGUACUUGCACUUGAUUUCUGGAGCAAAUGACGAUCAGUUGCAAUGGCCCUGUGCAUGGCAGCAAGGUACAGUGAUUCUGCUUGACCAGCAUCCUGAUAUUCGUCAACGGAUGUCAAACCAAAGAAGCAUAACAACAGACCCCCUGAAAUUAUCAGCUUCCUCAUCAGCUUAUUUUUGGGAUAGACCAGAUAAAGUGGGAUCCACAGCAUCUUUUCCCAAUGGAACUACAUUCAUGAGGGGUCCAGGAAGUGGAACGAGUUCAUUUUUGACUCAUCAGAGACUUAGAAGCCGCAACUUUAUUAAAGAAGAUGGUGUUUAUAUUCUUAUAACAAUGGAAGAUAUAUCACAUCUACUGUCAACUCAGCCAAGUGCUUCACCCACUUCUGUUAUAAGCACACCCAGUGCCACCACCACCAAACCUACCUCUAACACCACUGCCACCACCAAGCCCACCACCGCCACGACCACCAAGCCUACCACUAUGUCUACCACCACCACAACACCCAUCACAACAGCUUCUGUCACCCUGACUGAAAAGCCAGAGGUUCCAGGUUUCUGUCCAGACAACUCUUGUGAAAAUGAUGGUGUCUGCAUUAUCGUACAUGGAGCACCGGUGUGCAGAUGUCCAGCAGGUGACAACUGGUGGUACAUGGGAGAAAAGUGCGAAAGGAAAGGCUCAACUGAAGAAAAUACUAUAAUAGCUGUUUCUUCAACCAUAACUGUAUUUGUUGUAAUGCUUAUUGUCACUAUCACAACUGCAGUGUGCCUUAAAAAGAAAUACAGCCAAGGAAAGGAAACUGGGGAGAGCCUGACUUUAGAAGAAAAUAAAACAUCCUUUUGAAGGUAAUGCAAACAAGCAUCAAAGUCACAAGAUGAACGUCACUGGAAAACCACAACUGCGUCAUCGUUCUUUCUAUUACUUUUAUCUCAACCACCAUGAUAAAGGUUUGUAAAGUCUGGAAAAUAAUUCAUCAUCUGGAUAAAAUACUAUGCUAAAGUCAGUGAAGUGUCUGACGGUGCUGUGUACCUCCAUGCAACGGAGAAAAAUGGAAAUAUGUUGUGUGACAUGCCUGCCCAGUCCUUCAAGUCUACCUGAAUAUGAAGAAAACAUGUAAAACUGCAUCCUGAGUUUCAAUCAACACAGUAAAGUCUAGGUUUGCUACCUUAUCAUGAUACAGACAUCUUUAAUAAAAGGGAGCUGGACCCUGUAAUCAUGGGUUACCCAGCUGUUCUGAGUCCUGCAACAGCUGUCAGUCAGUAAUGUCAGGGUACGUGCAGUGUGGGAGUGUCUGGUUCAUUAAGUUAUUUAGUUGUGAUCUAUUCACUAUAAAAGAAAUAACAACUAAUGAGGAAAGUGAUAAAUUAACCACACAGACACACAAACAUUAAUGAGGAAGUCACAAUAGAGACGAUAAUGAGGACCCAGAAUGCUUCAGCUGCUGAUUGAUGGUCCAUUAAAGGAACUACUCAGGCAGAGCCUUCAAGAAUGUCAACCUGAAUUUUUAACUGAUAGGAAGGGGGAAACAUGAUUAACGUGAGUAUUAUGGGAAAAUUGAGGCUGCUUGGGAUAUGAGCUAUCAGAAGAGGUUUGUGGACUUAAGUAAAAAUGACGAUGGGAUGUUUAGGGGAAGGGCCCAAGGAUCCAAAGAAAAGGGAAGGAUCACAGUGACUCAGAGAGGAACUCAUGUGGGAAAAGGGUGCCAGCAACUGGAGAGACAGACCUGUAAAAGAGAUCUGUGUGCCAACAACCAGAGGAGACCACAGGUCUUAGGACUUGUGGGCCUGGGUACUAGCCCAUGGAGGGACUAGCAUGCAAGAGUCUGUGUGCCAGUAACUGGUGAAACUGUGAGCUGAGGGACUGGGGUGCAUGUGCGUUGUAUGUGUGUUGAAGGUCCAAGUGCGAGCAACUGGAGGAGAGGCCAAGGGCACCAGGGCUGUAGGUUUGGGUGGCAGCAACUGGGAGCGAUCAGGUUGUAUGGGGAUGUGUAAGAGGUCUAAGUGCUGGCAGCUGGGAAGACCUGGGUGUAUACAUAUUUCUUCAGUGAUUUUAUUUCUCUGUGCGUGUAUGUAUAAUUCACUAGCAAACCUCAAGAUGGACUAGCUGAUGAGUUGGAAGAAACAUUUCCACAUCGGGAGGACACAGUCUGAGCCAGUGGCUGGGGUAAGGGAGCUCAGGAUCCAGGCAUGGAUAUUAGGUAAACUGAGAGUUCAUGCUAAUAUUCAAGGGAUCUGUGAUUGUGGGAAUGCUUAUGCAAUGAGUCUGUGAGCGUGUGCAUCUGUUUCACUAGCAAGCAUCACAGUGCUCUAUCUGGCAAGUAGGAGGUGACUUGCAUACCAGUUAAAGGACCCCAGGUCCAGCCAUGGACAUGAAACGCAUUUAGAGGCCAUGCUAACAUUCAAGGGGACUGUGAAUGUGGCUGAGUUUAUGAUGAGGACACAUGUUUUCACCAGAGAACCUCCCUUCUGAUCAGCUGGAGGGGAGGAAGAGGACAGGGCUGUCUGCACUUGUGUGUGUUUGGGUAGUGUUAUAGGUGGGUGGUGCUACCCGCACAGCUCUGUGUGUGCAGCAGCCUGUGCACUAGGGACCUCUGUGUGCCUGUGUGCGUGUCUCUUGGAUACACACUAAACCUUGCUACAGGCCAGACCUGCAAACAGGUUUCAUGCUGCACCCUUGGGACUGGGAUGUACAGAUCACCUGGGACCAUUCCUGGCUGGGCAUGUUGGCUGGGGAGGAAGGAUCCCAGGGGUGCUAGAUUUGGUGGCUCCCUUAACGCCCUUGACAAGCUGGGCUACAAUUCAGUGGGAUUUGGAGAAGAAAGUAGUGCAUGGAAAUAAAAGGGCCAGAGGAAGCAAUGUAUACUUCCCUGAGGGUACUUUGCAGAGAGGGAUGGCAGUCACCAUGGGCACAGAUCAUCACAUUUUCAGUGUUUUGGAAGGGAGCUGCAAGAGGCAGGAAUGCCAGUAACAGAAAUGUCAGGUCACGCCAGAUGGUUUGUUGACUGGUAUGUUAAUAUGUUCACGUUUAAAGGUCAGCAGCUACUUUGAUUCCCUGGAAUGGAUGUUGAUGAUCUUAACAUUUGCCAUGCAAUUUGUUCUAACUCUGGGCCAGAGCAGUUCAAAUGUAUGGAAAUUUGAUGAGGGAACUAGCCUUCCUCUGAACACUACUGCAUGGGACAAAGCAACAAAUGUGUAUGCUUCUGUACCAACAUUACAUAUCUACUCCUCCUCUGAUUUAUAUUCUCUGAAGUGUAGUUAUAUUUAAAGCAUUCAUAGCUGGUUUUAUUAGCUUUUGUUGGAACCCAAAGAUUCAUGGAAACAGCCAGCCAAAAUUAACAAAGAUUUGUCAGAGCUAACAAACAUCCUGGAUAGGAAGAUACCCUACUAUAGCUGUCUUAAAAUAACUUCCCUAUUUUGACAUGUCUUCAUCAGCAGUUUUCAUGCAAAUAAUUGAAGGCGCAUUUGGAGGAUUAAGAUAUGCACAUAGAUUUACAUGGAGUUAAGAAGACACAAAUGAGACUGUUCAUAAAUUCGACUCUGGCUAAAAUACGUAACAUUAUAAACAGUAGGCAUUUCAUAAUUUCAAAUGUGAACUACCAGAUUUAUGACUGCAGAGAUUGUUUAUAUUUUUUGAAAUCCAGAUUACAUGAAAUGGCAUAAAUACCCGUGCUUUCAUCAGAAGACAGCUUAAUACACCGAGCAAUUUAUUACAAUAUAUUGUGCAAAAUACAAAUUCCAAAAGGUAUAUCGUGAAACGGUAAAAUUCCAUGGGGAAAACCUUUAAGCUUCUACUUACUAAUUUCAAACAUGAAUCAGUGAAGAGUACAACUUAAAACUGAAUCUCCUGGUCAGUGAGCAUGAACAACUCACUUUUCAGUGGUGAGCAGAUUCCAUAGUGCCAAAAGAGACUGAGGUUUUAUUAAUGUCAUUAACCGACCUAAAAAUACUCAAGAGAAAAAUACAUUGUUUUCAAUGUGCAAUGCAGAAAAAAUUACUUGGGAAGUCCAGCAUCAGAUUCAAUAUUGCCCUUUAUUGUCUAUCACAGAAGUUACAUGACUAGCUCAAGUUCCUGAAAAAAUACAUUUUUCUUAAAAAGCUGUAGCACAACUGACUUACAGUGAUGUUAUUUUUCUGUGAAGAAAGGAGGUGAGAGAUUAAAAGUACACAUGUGGUUUAGGAAAUGAAGCAUUUCAACUGGACUGCUGUUCUUUAUGACUAGAUGCUUUACUUGGAUUUGUAAUUUAACUGGUUAGAGUUGCAAUGCCUCAGUAAUGGUCAUCUCUUGUGAAAACAGUAAUGAAAAUUCACCAGCCCAGGUCCUACGGUUUUCCUCUGGAGCUGACUUCCCUGCUUUACAAAGACUUUUCCUACAUGGUUAUUAGGACUGCAUCUAUUAUUUUUAAUGAAAUAGCUUAAUUUUGGAGACAAUCAUUUGACACAUUUACAGAUUUCAUCACAGAUCAGACACUGCAUUGGUCAGUCAAAGAGCCAUACGUGGGGUUGUAGCCUGGGUGUUUACUUUCCUAAAGCAGAUUUAUUCACAGAAAGGUUUACUAAAAAUCUUUAAUGUAAACGUCUCUGUGUGAAAUAACUGAGAUAUUAAUAUUACAGUAAAAGCCACCAGCAUUAAAUCUGCACCAAGUUCCACUUUUCUUUCCCUUCCUUCUCACACUGUGGUGAUUCAGCUUAAAAUUUGCAACAAGGAUUUGCUUUGCCUGCACCCCUGGUCAGGCGCAUUCCACUCUCUUCAGAUCAGGACUAGUGUAAAAAGCCUAUUAUUUGGUUCCUACAAUGUGCAGAACAAGGGCUUGAGCUGUGGAUGUUGACUACUCAGGUCGACUGCCCUGCUCCUGUUCCCCAUUCAAAGGGUUUCUGCUGGUACCUGGUGACCUCCCCCCCCCUAGCAAAGACCCAGGUUUAAGUGAAGGUUGUCUUUUCUGCUCCUCCCUUUCUGGGCUUUGGACUAGCUGUACAGCUGGACCCAGCAGAGUAUGUGCACAUUGUAUUUAGAGCUGUGUGCAUGACUCAUUCCCCACUGCUGAGUCUAUCAGGAGUCACAGCAUGAGCUUAAAAAUAAAAUAAAAUAACCCCAAUAUUCAAGUUAGUGGCUCAGGUUUGGAGUCAAAAAAAAAAAAAAAAAGAAAAGGUAGGCUGUUUUUCUAGCUACUUAGCAGUCUUUCUUCAGGAAUCUCAGCAUUGCAGAAAAUCUUUUAGGCAUGCUACCUAAUAUCUAUGCUAAACAGUAUACACAGCUUCAUAUUCCUGAUAUAGGCAAACUAGACCAAUUUCAUUGCUAUUUGCAUCACACGGAUCAGCUCACUCGGUCUAGCUUUUGCACAAGUAGCAAAUAACUGAAUCAUAAUGUUUAAUAGUCUGGCUGGCACUGCAUUGUCUAAAUGCAAAAAAAAGGGACUGAUCCUAGACACUAGCUCUCUUUCUGCAGCUAAGCAUGUCAGGUGUCUUGUACCACUCACACUGGGCAGACACAGUUCCAGGGUGCAGGGCAGGAGGCAUGAGCUGUCAUUUUUUUCAGGCACAGAUCAGAAUAGAGUGGUAUUUCUCCAUAUUUUUUUUUUUUGUCACAGCUCUCAUUUUCCACUGUUAUUCGAGCUCAGGGGCUUUUGCUAAGACACAGAUGCCACAUGUCAGUUAACGUACCUUUGAUUCUCUUAAAUAGUUUCUUAAUUCUUCUGUCUACUUGGACUGCAUUUUCAAGCUAUCAUCUUCAGUGCCAGUAGUACAGAUAGUCAUGUCUCAAAAGAAGAAGAUAACCACCAAAUAAGCUUCUUUUUCUGAAAAUUCAGUUGCUGUUUCUCAAAUGUAGAGUUGUUGCUUAGAGACUUUUGUAGUAUUUGAUGCAGUAAUGGCAAAAUAUCUGUACUUUGCUCUGUGUUAUGAAGCUAUUAAAUUAAAUAGAUGGUGAUCUCAUUUUCCCACAUCUUUCAACUACAUACAUCAUAAUUUAUUACAAAAGACAGCUCUAACAUCAAGUUUUAAUGAUUUGUUUUGUGCAAGAAGAUUAUGAAUUUUUUGCAGCAGACAGAUUCUCUGUAGCUGUUCUCCCUGUCCUCUCCUCUUUCUGAGCAUCAACAGAACAAACUGGGAAAAAAACCCCAACGACCAUAUCAAUUUAGAUAGAUCACUCCUCCUUCCUCCUACUUCCAAAUUAAUAAUUUUCUAGAGUGCAAAUGUAUCAGUCUCCUUUAUGUUAAGUUUCUUCAAAAACUAUCACCAAUGUCACCUUUUCCUG